CUUUUGAAGUGUUCGCCAGCGUAGAAUAAUUUUUUUUUUUUUUGCUACUGUAAGUUUAUAUAGCUGGUGAGAAAGUCUCGCUAUUGAUUCUUAACUGUCGGUUUGGUGGUUGGGAAGAUUGGGGAAACAAAGCUAGAUGGUGAAGUAUGCCAUUCUCAAAAAAUGGGUUCACAGAUGUUAGGUGAAAUGAGGCCCAUUUUCUGUGGAAACUUUGACUAUGAUGCACGGCAGUCUGAUCUGGAGAGACUUUUCAGGAGAUAUGGGAAGGUGGAUAGAGUGGAUAUGAAGUCUGGGUUUGCGUUUGUUUAUAUGGAUGAUGAGAGAGAUGCCGAGGAUGCAAUUCGAGGACUUGACCGGAGGGAAUUUGGAAGAAAGGGACGUCGGCUUCGUGUUGAGUGGACAAAGCAAGAGCGUAGCGUUAGAAGGCCUGAGAGUUCAAGAAGGUCUUCAACGAAUAUGAGACCAUCCAAGACUCUGUUCGUUAUUAAUUUCGAUCCGUAUCAUACCAAGGAAAGGGACUUGGAGAGGCACUUUGACCCAUACGGGAAAGUAGUGAAUAUUAGGAUCAGAAGAAAUUUUGCAUUUAUCCAGUUUGAAUCACAGGAGGAUGCCUCCAAAGCUCUGGAUGCUACAAACAUGAGCAAGCUGAUGGAUCGAGUUAUUUCAGUGGAGUAUGCAAUCAAAGAUGAUGAUGAAAGGAAGAAUGGACAUAGCCCUGAUAGAAAUCGGGAUAGGUCACCUGGGAGGAGAGGUUAUGACAGGGGACGAACUCCGAGCCCCUAUGGGAGAGAGAGGGGAAGUCCUGAUUAUGGCCGUGGACGUGGCCGCAGCCCAAGUCCGUACCGAAAGGAGCGGGCUAGUCCUGAUUACGGUCGUGGCCCUAGUCCAAGUCCCAAUGGAAGGGAAAGAGAUUAUGGACGUGGUCCCACCCCAAGUCCUCGAAGAGGCAGGCAUACUUCUGACAAUGGCCGUGGACCUAGCCCAAGGGAGAGGGUAAGCCCUGAAUAUGGUCAUGGGGCUGACCCAAGUCCUCGAAGGGAGAGGGUUAGUCCUGAUGAUGAGUAUCAUCGCAGCGCCAGCCCAAAUACUAAGCCAGACCUGAGGGACAGUCCCGGGUAUGGUGCAACAGAAAGCCCCUUGCAUGACCGAUACCGAAGUCGUUCACGGGAGAGAUCGAGAUCAUGAUCAGCUGAAAAUCUUGUUCGUUCAUCUUUGGUAAUAGGAUGCAGUUUUCUUGCAGUCCAGUGUUGUUAAGCCAAGUGCUGCUGACUAGUUAGUAUUUUGUUAGUCUCCUAGGUGCUGUUUUCAAAAUCAAUGCUCUCAAUGUAAUGGAUUUCAUGAUUGGUUCUGAACAUGAAAAAGACAGAGGCAGACGUGCAACGCUUGCUUGAUCUCGAAAUAAGUACUGCCAUUUACUUAAUUUGUUUGCUUUGUUAUUAUCUGAUAGUUUUUGUGCAGAAUUGUCGAUAUUUCACUUUGGC